AUGGGCGAAGGUGCAAGUGGAUCAGUUUGGAAGGUUUAAGAUCUUUAAACAGGAAAAAAAUAAGCAGUUAAAUAUGAUAAAGCAUUCAUAAUCUUUGAGAAGAUGGGUCCAUCACUUCAAUGGUUUAUGAGUUAGAAAAUAAAAUCAAAGCUUACUCUCAAAUUAGUAUGUGAAAUCGGAAUUCAACUAGUUAAUUAAAUAGAGUAACUUCACUCAAUAGGCUAUGUUCACAGAGAUAUUAAGCCAGAAAAUAUUUUGCUUAUAAAAAAGGCAGAGAUUUUAACUUCAUCACCUUAACUCAGCAUUGUAGAUUUUGGUGCUAGCAGGAAGUACUUGAAUGAAAUUGGAUUGCAUUAAUAAAAUAAGAUUGAAGGAACAUUUUUUGGAAAUUUUGCAUUUGCUAGCCUCUAUCAUAUGCUUGGUCAUGCUUUCAACAUUGGAAAGAUCAAAAUAAUAACAAAUAUGGAGGUCUGCAUCACCUUAUAUCGAAAGCCCUCAUUCAUUAUCUCCUUUCACUAAUAGUUAUCUUACUUCACAAAGACAAAGCUUUCAGUAAUUUGA